AUGGCUAAAGUUACCAGAAAAUUGAAGGGAUCUAGCAAAGUUAUGGAACAAUCAAACCCAAGCACAAAACAAUUAAUCUCAAGAAAAGGGAAGAACAAGAUGAAGAAAUCCUGUCAAUCCAGGGCCAGAAAAGGGGGCAAGGUGAAGAAGAUACAGAGGGAGAUAAAACGACUGCUUCAUGGGAGUUCAAGAAAAAAAUCAUCUGGUACUAGUACAGAAAUUCCAUGAAAGGUAAAAAGAGUGAAAAGAGCCAAGAAGUUUCGGCCACUAGCAAAGAUUGAGUAG